CCCCUAAUAACAAGAAAAGAAAAAAAUAAAGAAAAUUCACAUCCCCAUCACUCCACUCGCCCGUCCAUGGCGUCCUCCUCCACCGCCGCCUCCUCGUCGGCGGCAGCGGCAGCGUAUCCCAGAACCCCCUUCUCCCUGCGGCGGCGCCCGGGUCUCCUCGCCUUCCUCUUCGUCUUCCUCUGCUUCAUCUCCUUCCAGGUCGUUAUCCAUGUGCCCUUCGCCAGAUCGGCGGUGUCCCAGUGGCUCUUCUCCGGUCACCAAGGUGAGCACCAACGUCCCAAGAACUGCCCUGGGUGUGCCAAUUCACAGGAUGUGGGCAGCGCUGACAAGAAGAUUGCGUACACCGACCAGUAUGGCCGGAUCAAGCUGUUCAAAGUCACCGCCAGAGAGUUUGCGUCGUCCUCUAUCUGGGAGAACCCAUGGUUGCCCAGAGAUAGCCAACCGAUAGCCAGAACCCAAGAGGCUGCUGAGGAUCUUCUACUAGCCAAUGGAUCAGAAGCCACCAAUCUUUCAAGUGCUGAAACUCUGGCAACUAAAAGCGCUGAUCCGAUCAAAUUAAAGCGACAGGUAUUUCGGCGUAGAAGAAAAGAACAGAGGGUACAGGAGUUGCUUCAGGUGGAUAAGAAGGUUGAACUUGAGAUGCGAAAUGCGGCAAUAAACAGCUCAAGGAACUUUGAUAAUAAAGUUAGGGGCAGCUACAACGUAUGGAGGCAGGAGUUCCGCUUUACUAAUACUGAUUCAACCCUAAGGCUCAUGAAAGAUCAGAUAAUAAUGGCCAAGUUAUAUGCCACUAUUGCACUUUCCCAGAAGGAACCAGACAUGUAUGCCUUGCUCAUGAAGUGCAUAAAACAAAGCCAAACAGCCAUUGGGGAUGCGCUUAUCGAUAGCGAACUCGAUUCAAGUGCUUUAGAGAGAGCAAAAGCAAUGGGGCAUGUGCUGUCUUCGGCUAGAGAUGCUCUGUACAGCUCGAGUGAAGUGUCAAGAAAAUUGCGUGCUAUGCUUCAGUCUACAGAACUAGAUAUUGAUGCAGUUAAGAAACAAAAUUCAUUCCUGGUUCAGCAUGCUGCAAAGACUGUCCCCAUGCCCUUGCACUGCCUACAUAUGCAGCUGACCACCGAUUAUUAUUUUCGUGAUGGUGUGACGAAGGAGCAUUUUCAUGAUGCUGCUUUGAAGGAGGAAGAAAAUAAAGCAAAGCUUGAGGAUAGGUCACUCUAUCACUAUGCUAUAUUUUCUGAUAAUGUCCUUGCAGCCUCAGUAGUUGUCAGAUCAACUGUGACAAAUGCCAAUGAACCAGAGAAGCAUGUGUUCCACAUUGUCACUGAUAGACUUAAUUUUGCAGCCAUGAAGAUGUGGUUCAUCGCUCAUCCUCCCCAGCUGGCUACUGUUCAUGUGGAGAACAUAGACAAUUUCAAGUGGCUCAAUUCAUCGUACUGUUCUGUUCUGCGGCAACUUGAAUCAGCUCGGCUCAAAGAAUAUUACUUCAAAGCACAUGAUCCAUCGUCACUUUCUGAUGGAAACGAGAAUCUUAAGUACAGGAACCCCAAAUAUUUGUCUAUGCUCAACCAUCUAAGGUUCUACAUGCCAGAAAUACACCCGAAGCUUGACAAGAUAUUGUUUCUCGAUGAUGAUAUUGUUGUGCAGAAGGAUUUGACGCCCCUAUGGGAUAUUGAUCUUAAAGGGAUGGUAAAUGGUGCCGUUGAAACCUGUAAAGAGAGUUUUCAUCGCUUUGAUACUUAUCUCAACUUCUCACACCCAAAGAUAUCAGAGAACUUCGAUCCACGUGCUUGUGGGUGGGCGUUCGGAAUGAACAUGUUUGACCUGAAGGAGUGGAGGAAGCGAAAUAUCACUGGAAUAUACCAUUAUUGGCAAGAUUUGAAUGAGGAUCGCAAGCUGUGGAAGCUGGGUACAUUGCCUCCGGGACUGAUUACUUUCUACAACCUGACAUACCCAUUGAAUCGUACUUGGCAUGUCUUGGGCCUUGGAUAUGAUCCAGCUGUUGACAUUGUUGAGAUCGAUAAUGCUGCAGUAGUUCAUUACAAUGGGAAUUACAAGCCCUGGCUUGACCUUGCCAUUUCCAAGUACAAUCUGUACUGGUCCAAGUAUGUAGAUCUUGACAGCUCCCACGUUCAGCAUUGCUAUGCGAGUAAACAAUGACAUGUAAAUCUUCAUCCAGUUUUAUUUUUCCUUUUGGAGCAUAAGUUAUUCACUAGGAGAUGGUUAGACAGAGUAGUGGCAUGUCUAACAUAGUUUAGCCUUCAUAAUCUUGUCAUUCUCCUGAAUAGUAAUGUGUCUACUCUUGUAUCAACUGGUGAACAUGGUGAUUUAUACCCUGCAACAAAGUAGGUGUUCUUUUGUUCACUUUAGAAUUUGCUGUACCUUGAAUGAAUUGCAAAAAGAAUAAACCUUCACAUCAAUGCAGAAAUUCAACUUCUUAUGUCCUGCGAUGUGAACACUGUAGUUAUAAUGGAGUACUGAUUUUAAGAAUGUUGAAAAAAUGGCUGUACAGCAAAGCUCUCAAUCUCAGAACUGUGCCAAAAAGCCUAGAACAAAAUGGCCUUGUUAUGGAUCAGUUAACUAAAAUAGACUAGCAGUGAACAUAUGUUGUUAGUCUCAUUUAUACUGUAGAUGGAAUCGAAAAUGGUAUUGCUAAUGGUAUAAUGCCUCUGUAUAUGGUACUUUAUUUUCCAUAUUCUUAGAAAAGUGGAUUCUAAGAAACCAUCUGUAUUUUUGAAUGAUUGUAUGGCACCAUUCGAAGAUCUAUCUCAGUGAACUAUAACUAAUGCAAGCCCUGAAAUUAAGACCAGGAUAGCUCAUGUGUCCUGCUGUAGGCACUGCUAUUCUAAAAGAUACUGGCGUGACUUUCUUAUUAUUAUUCUUAUUCAUGACUUAAGAAACACAAAUAUAUUGUCAGAAAUGAUGAGUCAUAUACAAUGGACGAUACAAUGCUGUUUGUUAAUUUUGCAGCACACUAAGAAAACAACCGAAAUACAGCAAAGUUCAAUAUACAAUUAGUACUAACAUAGUACUCACUAUAUGGUGAUUACUCUUCAUAUGACAUGACAUGGCAUGGCUGAGUACUGAGGUACGUAUUUCUCAUAUUACGCAUUUCAACAGCAGCAUCACUUAUUAACCACUCUCUGGGCGAUGGCUUUGAGCACAGCACACCAAUCUGGAUGAUGGCAGCCAAACAUUCCUUGGUUCUGAUUAUAUAUCUUGUAGCAUUUCUCUUGUUUGCUUUGUAAUGAAGCCAGAUUGUGGAUCUGCUAUUUCCAUGACCUUAUCAGGAAGAGCAGCCUCGGCAAAGUAAUAUAGGCUUAACCCAUCUCAGAACAUAUCAUCUGUUGGGUUUCUUCCUGUAAACAUCUCAAUUAAAGUAAUGCCGAGACUGUAUACUGCAAGCCCUUCUCCAUAUUCUAUAAUAGAAUAGAACAAUUUGGAGCAUAAAUAAGUAUGUGCAAAACUUGUUUACGAACAUACACCUAAUUGAAUCUAAUAAUGUAAAGCAGAUAGAAGCAUAUUGAAGUUACCUGGGGCAAAAUAUCCUAUGGAGCCUCUUAUUCCGAUGGUAUUUGAAUUUAAGAAGUUGUUCUUGCAGCUCCAUUUAGAAUCCUGGCUUCUGCAACACAAACCCUCAUGUCCUGAGUAAGAAGAAUGUUGCUGGGCAACACAAGCCCUCAUGUACUGAGUAAGAAGAAUGUUGUUGGGCUUGAGAUCGCAGUGGAUGGUCGAUGUCUGGCAACCAUUGUGAAGGUAGUCUAUAGCUUCUGCAAUGUCAGUGGUGAUAUAUAACCUCUGUUCCAAGGAUGUGAUGACCUUUACAAGGCAUCGGUGCCUCACCCUUCGCAGUGCUUCACAUCCAGUCUGGAAACUUCUGCACGAUCCUGGUUGCUGAAGAUUAAAUACCUUGACAGCCACAAGAACACCGUGAUUUUGAACAGUACCUCUGGAAACUGAAUCAUAUCUUCCCUUCCCCAGAAGAUUGGUAUCUGAGAACCCAUCAGUCCCUUUGAGCAUUGCAUCGUAUGAGGAGAUGACAGUUGUGAUUUCUUCACUGCCGCCUUAGACCUUCUGCAAAGAAAUGCAGCUAGAGCAAGCCCAGAGAAUAAAACCAGGAUAGCUCCUGUUGUAGGCGCUGCUAUCCUAAUAGACAGUGACAUGGCAUUCUUAAUUUUCCUUGCAGGAGAGUCUGGGCAUUGUGGUAGAAGGUAGAUGGACCUGUGGUAUUUCACCAUAUAACUCAUUGUUUCCAACUAUUGAUAGCCCAGUUAGAUUCUUGAAAAUCCCUUCUUUUGGUACUUCACCUUGUAAAUUACUGAAGGAUAGAUCAAGGAGUAGCAGCGAUGUUGAAUUA